UGCAUUGGAAAAAUGUUAUCCACCUUAUUCCAACGGCCCAUGACGCUUAUGGGUGAAUUAUGGGUGUAACUUCCGUUAAGCUGUAAACAGUCAGUGAAAGGCUCACUCUAUGAAUGCAAUAAUGCGUUUUUUUUAUUUUUUAUCUGGGUACAAUGAGAUGACAAUAUUCUACUCACCCUUCAACCAACGAAAAUUAAAAGGACAUUUAAAAGUGUAAAAGCAUCAACAAGGUACUUUCAAUAGACCAUGAAAAACCGUGAUUCUUUCCACAGCAAUAACGGACAGGUUAAAUAUAACUGUAAUGAAAUAUAUCUGUAUUAUGUAAUAUACGUUGCCUUAAUAAAAAAUGUUAAUGAACUUCAGCAUUGCAUUAUACUAUUUCAAAGUGAUUUCCGUCAGAAAAAUAAAAUAAUAAAGAAAAUAAUCACAAGGAUAGAAAGCAGCAACUGAAAAGUAUUCGUUAUAAUGUGCCACGUUAAAAUACCAAGCGUUACGUUAUUCUCAUGAUGUCUGAAAAUAAAACAUGAAAGAAAAAUUGGCAGCUCAAUUAGUCAAACUGAUGGAUAAGCUUUAUUUGUAGGGCAACCUUAUCAUUUGAAAUGAUUCGUUUCAGUCUUUUUGAAUGGAAGUUCCCCAAACUGGAAGUUCCACCCAUAAUUCAUAAACACAGUAGGCUCAUCAGGAAUAAGGUGGAUUUAUUAUCAAAAUGUUCUACACACUAAAAAUUGGUUCUUUUAAGAACUGUUCACUGAAAGGUUCUUUGGGGAAUGAAAAUGGUUCUUCUAUGCUAUUGCUGCGAAAACCCCCUUUUGGAACCACAUUCACAUAUUUGAAAAUAAACAGCCCUUUUCCUUACAUUAGGAUCCUUUGAAAGGUAAUGUUAGCUUGAUUUCAAUAAAAGUUGUUUUUGGACUAACAAUGAAGUUGUGAGAUCUGAAACUUAUGUUUUUUUAUAUAGUACAAUGACCUCCUGGAUAUCAAAAGAUCGAGGAUUUUUUUUAUUUUAUUUUUUUUUUCAAUUCAUGACUCCUUUAAAAAUUUGUAAUCAUUUUAAGAACAUGCACAUCAUAAAGGGGGGUUUUAUUCAAGUCAUUGUAUGUUUGAAUCACAUUUGAAUGUAUUUUAUAAAUAAUUUAUAGGACAAAAUGACCUUAUGGGUUGUUUAUUCCAAAACAGUGUAGUCUGAUAGCCAGCCUAUACAGAUUAUCAGACAAAACUGUUUUAGAAUCUCUUAUUUCUGUGGUUCAUGAAUGACUGUUGGGCACUGUUGUUUUUAUUUAUUUAUUUCUUUUUAUUUUACAGAUUCUUUAGAUUGUCACAAAUGCCUACCUGAGUACUGGCCUAAUAAUAAGAAGAACAAGUGUCUUCCUAAACCGGUGGAGUUUCUAUCCUGGAAUGAAAUCCUUGGGAUUAUACUGGCUGCUUCCUCUAUUUCAGGCUCUUUAGUGGCUUUGAGUAUUACUUUGGUGUUAUACAAAAACAGGGCUUCUCCAAUAGUAAGAGCCAACAACUCAGAGCUGAGCUUCCUGCUGCUCUUCUCAUUGACUCUGUGUUUCCUCUGUUCACUUACUUUCAUCGGUCGGCCCACUGAGUGGUCCUGUAUGUUGCGUCACACAGCGUUCGGGAUAACUUUUGUCCUCUGUAUCUCCUGUGUUCUGGGGAAAACAAUAGUGGUGUUAAUGGCCUUCAAAGCUACACUUCCAGGAAGUAAUGUUAUGAAAUGGUUUGGGCCUCAUCAACAGAGACUCUGUGUUUUUAGUUUCACUCUUGUACAGGUUCUUAUAUGUGUGCUGUGGUUAACAAUAUCCCCACCCUUUCCCUACAAUAAUAUGCAACACUACAAAGAAAAGAUCAUUCUAGAAUGCAGUUUAGGAUCAGCUAUUGGUUUCUGGGCUGUACUAGGUUAUAUUGGCCUUCUAGCUUUCCUUUGCUUUAUCUUAGCUUUUCUGGCCCGGAAACUGCCUGAUAACUUUAAUGAGGCUAAAUUCAUCACAUUCAGUAUGCUCAUAUUCUGUGCUGUUUGGAUCACAUUUGUUCCAGCUUAUGUCAGCUCUCCAGGGAAAUUUACUGUAGCUGUGGAGAUAUUUGCCAUUUUAGCUUCAAGCUUUGGUCUGAUUCUCUGUAUUUUUGCUCCUAAGUGUUUCAUUAUUGUAUUUAGGCCAGAUCAGAAUACCAAACAACACUUAAUGGGUAAAGCAUCAACAAAAGUCCACUAAGACACACAACUCUUUUAGAUAUCAAUCAUUGUUAGAUAUCACACAUGCUAUGCUAUUAUUUAAAAAAUUUAAUACCCAAAUCUGUGGAACUGUAGUUUAUUUCUACAGUGAUUUUGUGAACUGAAACUUUUUUUUUUUUUGUAAUUAUUUUAUUUAUUUUGUUUGUUUAUUUGAUUAUUAAUACAUUUUAUUUUGAUGUACUAACAUCUCGGAGUGAUUUUUUUUUUCUUCUUCUUCUUCUUCUUUUGAAUAGAGGUGAAUUACAUACUUUAUUUAUUACUAGUUUUACUAUUAGUUGCAAUUAAUUAAAUUAGCAUUACUUUAGUUAUAGCAUACUUUAAUAGAAGAUAGGAAACCUGAAAUGAACAUUGCUCAAAGGUGAAGAAUUUAUUGAACUUGAACUCAAGGAGCUGGGGGAUAUAUGCUGCAUGAAGACAGAACAGGUAUAGUUUAGUUUAUUAGUACAAGCCUGUUAUUGUGGACCCCGUCCGAAUGAUGGCCAAAACUUUACUGAUGUUUUAUGAAGUUUAU